AAGCGACUACACUCUGAAGGACCGUCCAAAAGGAAUUACACUCUGGCGGCACGUGCGUGAUUAAUAGUUUACUUACAGUAAUCCGUUGUUUCGCCAUAACAUUUUGACGAAGUUGGGAAGGUCUCGUUGUUGUAAUUGUAAGAUGAUGGGAGCUGCUCCGCACUUGUUUCCUACCCCGGUAGCCAUUUCUCGGAUCGAUGCCCGAUGACCGUGGAAAUUCUAGAAACAAACUUUGGCGUGGCAAACCAGGCAGGUGCAGAACAUUGCAAGGAGUACAGGGAGACCUCAUGAGGUCAAUAACUCAAUAUCGAUUCAGGGACCAGAGAUUCUUAGCGCGUUCCUUUUUUUUUUGUCUUUUCUUUUUUGUUCUCUCUGGCUGUGAUAUUUGAGCCAGGCUCACGCGCUGCCUGCACUGCACGGCAGCCGCCUGCAUCCGGAGUCCGGACCGGACAGGCACGAUGCCGCAGCAGAGCUGCAGCGCAGCAAUGUGGAUGCCGUGGAGGCUGCCACCGCCAUGUCGCUGGAGGUGGCGGCUGCUCUCGGCCUUCUUCCUCGGCCUCCUGCUCGCGGAGGCCGCCGUCCAUGGCGCAGGGACCCAAGCACCUGCUCCAGCACCAGCAGCUCCUCCUCCUAGGCUCCCUCCACCUGAAGCGCGCGUCCUCCGCCGGAUCGCGGCCAAGCUCCGGGUGACACAUUGGGACUUGGCCGCCGGCCCGUGCGACGACCCUGCUGCUGGCGUGGACUGCCAGUGCUCCGCCGCCGCCGCUUCCAACCAGACCGUCUGCCAUGUCGUUCGCAUAGUCCUCACGGGGCGCAACUUCUCCGGCGAGCUCCCGCCCGACUUCGCCGACCUCCCCUACCUUCAACACCUAGAUCUAAGCCGGAGCUUGUUUCAUGGCGGAGUACCCGACCGGUGGGCCCAUAUGAAGUUAAAACUAUUGUUUCUGAUGGAAAACAGAUUGUCAGGGCCAUUUCCCAUGGUUCUCACAAAGAUCACAACCCUGGCUCAACUGGACAUUGAAGGCAAUGGGUUCUAUGGGCCAAUCCCUCCUGAAAUUGGACAACUCAGUCAAAUGGAGAAGCUAGUACUAUCAACCAAUGAGUUCACUGGACCCCUACCAACUAACUUAUCUUUAUUGACUGAUUUAACUGAGUUGAGGAUUUCUAGCAACAAUUUAUCUGGAAGACUGCCUGACUUUUGGGAAAAAUUGGCAAACCUCCAAAUAUUGGAAAUAGAAGGAUCUUUGUUGGAUGGGCCUAUUCCCCCCAGCCUAUCUAAAUUGACAAACCUUCAUGACCUAAGGAUUAGUGAUCUGAGAGGUAGUGGUUCAUCUUUCCCUGACUUAAGUCGAAUGCCAUCCUUGAAGAAAUUGAUACUAAGGAACUGUUCCAUCGGUGGAAGCAUCCCGUCUUACAUUGGCACAUGGACAACUCUUAAGCAUCUGGACCUGAGCUUCAAUAGACUAAGUGGGCAAAUACCAGCUUCUUUUGCUUAUAUGGGAAGGGUAGAUUACAUAUAUCUAUCUGGAAACUCACUCACUGGGAACAUACCUGGAUGGUUAUUGACAAGAAACAAGAUCGCGGACAUAUCUUUUAAUAACUUCACAGCAGGGAGUUCAGGUCCUAGUCAAUGCCUUCCAGGGAGUGUCAAUGUAGUGGAGAGCUUUUCACCUGAAAUGAACAGAUUAAAUAGUGUUCAGCCAUGCUUGAAAAGGAAUUUCCCAUGUGUUGCUCUGAAUGGAGAAUAUCAAACUUCUUUGCAUAUCAAUUGUGGUGACAAAGAAGUAAUUAUUAACCAAACCAAAUACGAAGCUGACACAACACCGAAAGGUGCUUCAUUGCUGUAUGUAAGCCCAGGCUCAAACUGGGCAUUCAGCAGCACUGGGAACUUCAUGGAUGACAACAUCACUGAUGACAACUUCAUUGCAACAAGCACAUCAAAAUUGGCCAUGCCCAAUUCAGAGCUGUACACCAAAGCCCGCCUUUCUCCUCUUUCGCUCACAUAUUACGGGCUUUGUAUGUUCAGUGGGGCCUACACAGUUAAGCUUCACUUUGCUGAAAUUCUAUUCACAAAUGACAGCACAUUUUGUAGCCUUGGCAAAAGAAGAUUCAAUGUGUUCAUACAGGGGAGAAUGGUGCUAGAGGAUUUCGAUAUCAAACAGUCAGCUGGUGCGGUUGGAAAGCCAGUUAUCAAGACAUUUCAAACACAUGUCAUAAAUCAUACACUAGAGAUUCAGUUCUAUUGGGCAGGCAGAGGGACAAGAAGCAUUCCAUAUAGAGGUUCUUACGGCCCUCUGAUAUCUGCAAUAUCAGUAACUCCAAAUUUCAAGCCUCCGCUGGCUGUUGAACCUCCCAAAACUGGCAGUAGCAAAAAGGCCGCAAGGGCAUCUAUGUCUGAUGCUUUGGUGUUUGGAAUCCCUAUUAUAGCAAUUUUCUCUGCUCUGAUUGUCGGCAUUUAUUUUAUUAAUCAGAGGAGAAAGAGUUUGAUGCAUAAAGAUCUCCAAACCCUUGACCUGCAAAAUGGUUCCUUCACCUUGCGACAAAUGAAAGCGGCAACUAGCAACUUCAAUACGGCUAACAAGAUUGGUGAAGGUGGUUUUGGUUCAGUUUACAAGGGUCUUCUGUCCGAUGGCACCGUCAUUGCUGUCAAGCAGUUAUCAUCAAGGUCUAAACAAGGGAAUAGGGAAUUUGUGAAUGAGAUAGGGAUGAUAUCUGCAUUACAGCAUCCAAACCUUGUCAAACUGUAUGGCUGUUGUACAGAAGGGAACCAGCUGUUGCUAGUUUAUGAGUAUAUGGAAAACAAUUGCCUUGCACGAGCUCUUUUCGUUGAACAACAUAGACUGCGACUGGAUUGGGCAACAAGACGCAAGAUUUGCCUUGGGAUAGCAAAAGGUCUAGCAUAUCUGCAUGAGGAAUCCGCAAUAAGGAUUGUACACCGAGAUAUCAAGGCGAGCAAUAUACUGCUUGACAAAGAUUUGAAUGCCAAGAUCUCAGAUUUUGGGCUAGCAAAGCUUAAUGAAGAUGACCACACCCACAUAAGCACAAAAGUAGCUGGAACUAUCGGAUACAUGGCUCCUGAGUAUGCAAUGCGUGGUUAUUUAACAGAUAAAGCUGAUGUAUACAGUUUUGGUGUUGUUGCUUUGGAAAUUGUCAGUGGAAAAAGUAACACAAACUACAGGCCAAAGGAAGAUUUUGUUUAUCUUCUUGAUUGGGCUUGUGUUCUGCAGGAAAGAGGAACUCUCCUGGAAUUGGUAGACUCAGAUCUAGGAUCCAAUUACUCAACAGAAGAGGCACUCUGCAUGCUGAAUGUUGCCCUGCUAUGCACCACUGCAGCACCUACACUCAGACCAAAGAUGUCAGAAGUUGUUAAUCUGCUUGAGGGCCGCACCUCUCUUCAACCCUUGCUGUCAGAUCUCAGCCUUGCUGAAAAUAGCCUGAGCUCAAGUGCUGUACGCAUGAACUUCUGGCAAAUCCUAAGUAAGGGCCAGAGCCUGGCAGCACAAGCUUUGUGUAAUGACACUAAUGGAGUAAUGGAUCAACAACCAUAGAUGUAAAUGGUAGCCUCACACUGUUGGUGAGUUAGAUGUCGUAGUGCAACGUAAAUACCAAAGAACAUACUAAUGUCUAAUCCUGGUAGAUCGUAAGCAUUUCAGUUGUAUCUACUUCGGAGCGAUGACCCUUC